AAAUUAGUCUCGUUUUAGGCGUUUACACCUAUGUCGGAUAUCAUAAAGCUAAAGUAAAGACGGUUAGCAUGUCGGCACCUUACGCUAGCAGCGGCUAACGUGUAUCUGCCUGACAAAAUGUUAUGAUUGUCAUUUUUACUUAUGUUCUACUUUAUUAAUGUUAGUGGUUCGGCUUAAACUGUAUUGAUUAUAAAUAAUGAGCUGUGUUUAUAUAGCGGAAACAAUAGUUUUCCGCGGUCAAACACUGUUGUCAUGGUAACCACCAUCUAACCCAUGAGAAGUAGCCAGUUGACGGUUACAGUUGUGAAAUCCAUUGUGAACCGGAACUAUAAUCGUUUUGUUUUGUCUUGGACUGUGUAACAUUUUAUUGCAGCGCAGAUUGUUAAGGCCAGUGGAGUAUUUUUUUUUUUUUUCAAGCAAACAUUUUUAUUUCAAGUAAAGUCAAUUUUUUUGUUGAUGGGACUCCACGAUCUGUUAACACCACUGAAUGACGAAGAUCUUGAUGAGAAAGUGACACAAAUUCUGCAACACCAGCCACACUGUGGAUACAAAAUGAUGCUUGGUCACCUGAAUGCACAGGGCAUCCACAUACUGAGAUAACGGGUACAGGCUUCCAUGCGGCGUGUGGAUCCUCGUGAAAUUUUGAUGCGGACCCUUCAGUUGAAUCUACGGAGAUGGAGGAGGUACUCUGUGCCAGCACCAAACAGUUUGUGGCACAUAGAUGGCAAUCACGAACUGAUAAGGACCUCUGGUGAUGAUCGAUUGGUGCAUCCAAAUGCAGCACAGCUGACCUUGGAACCAGAGCUGAACGUUUACUACAACGUCCUCUGGACACAGAAACACAGCAGUGGUCAGUUUAUUACAGUUACCACCCAGGUUACUAUGAAGCUCUUCUGUUUACUGGUUUUCCUGGGAUUAAAAAGGGCUGCAUCAGUGACCCACUCUCUGCAGUAUUUCUAUACUGGAUCUUCUGGAGUCCCAGACUUCCCAGCAUACGUGUCUGUUGGGAAUGUCGAUUAUAUUCAGAUUAGUCACUGUGACAGCAGAACCAACAGAAACGUACCCAAACAGGAAUGGAUGAACUUUACAGUGGAGGACCGGGACAUUCAGACUCAGGUCUGUUUGACGAACCAGCAAAUCAUUAAGACCAACCUCGAAAUAGCAAAGCAGCGGUUCAACUACACUGAAGGUGUUCACAUUUACCAGGCAAUGUAUGGCUGUCAGUGGGAUGAUGAAACGGGGUACAUUCAUGGAUAUGAACAGUACGGUUAUGAUGGAGAAGAUUUUAUAUUAUUUGACCUGAACACAAAGAAAUGGAUAGCUCCAAAACCUCAAGCUUUCAUCACCAAACACAAAUGGGACUAUAACCGAGCUCUGGUUGAACAAACUAAGGGUUACCUCACCCAGGUUUGUCCUGAAUGGCUGAAGAAGUAUGUAAACUAUGGGAGGAGAUCUCUGAUGAGAACAGAUCUUCCAUCAGUGUCUCUCCUGCAGAAGACUUCCUCCUCUACAGUCAGCUGCCACGCUACUGGUUUCUACCCAAACAAAGCUGAGAUGUUCUGGAGGAAAGAUGGAGAAGAGGUUCAUGAUGGUGUGGACAAAGGAGAGAUCCUCCCCAACAACGAUGAGACCUUCCAGAUGAGUGUUAACGUAGAUCUUUCAUCAGAGACAUCUGAAAACUGGAUGAAGUAUGAAUGUGUGUUUCAGCUCUCUGGUGUCAAUGAAGACAUCAUCGUCAAACUGGAAAAAACUAAAAUUAGGACCAAUUCUGGUGACAGUGUUAACAGAGCAAAUUAAACUUUCACAAGCGUUUCCAUCGGUACGUUUGUCCUGAUUUGCUUUCAUUGUUAAACACCGUGAUCACACUAUCUUUAUCUGACUUGCAUGAAGAAUCACUUACCUCAGCAUGUUAAAUGCUUGGAGUGGCUCCAAAGGCAAAACGGUUUUAAAUAUUUCAUGAAUAAUUUCACUAAUAAAUAUCUCACCAGUUAGAGGCAUCCAUGAACUGUAGAAAAUAUUCAACCUUCAAACUGAGACAGUGAAAUUUUACACUUAUUCAUUACAAUAGACACACUGUACAAAAUGGGAGCACCUCAAAAACGAUACAUAUACUUCAUAGAUGUGACGAGACUUGAUGUUUCACUAAAUAUGCAUAAUUUCUUCACUUUUAGUUGAUUUAUAAAAUAAUUUUUAGAUUUGUCAACAGAUGAGAAACUGUGACAGUAGCUUCACUUUGUGUGUAAAUAUAUCAAAAGGUUAUGCUGGUCAAGAUUUAUUUUGUUGUUAAUCAUCAUGUUCUUGCAUUUCAAUAAAUAAUACAAGUGAAAUAUGUUUUUUAUACAAAUGUUUUAACAAAGCAAUUAAACAUAAAUAAUUCAGAAUGUAAAACAGGUCCUUUUUCUCUCAAUGUUUGAUUUCUUAUCUUUUGUUGGAGUUUUGAAAUUAGAAAAAAAAUCUUAGCCGUAGUUUUGUUAGUAAUUAAUAAAAAGUGAAGUUCAUUUAUAAAA